AUGGCUCUCGACCGCAUUCUCAGCAUGGUCCUCCGCGCCGCGGAGCUGGCCUUUGCUGCCAUCGUCACCGGUCUCGUUGGUCACUACCUCGACCACUCCCAGGCGUCGUCAUGGACCAACGCCCGCCACAUCUACACGAUUGUCGUGUCCGCCAUUUCCAUUCUCCUGGCCCUGCUGUGGAUCCUCCCCUUCUCCAGCGCCUUUGUGCCCCGGCCCGUGGACCUCUUCAUGUACAUCCUCUGGUUUGUCGCCUUUGCCGCCCGAGAACAGGGAAAUUUCUCGCCAUUCGCCAGUCUCAGGCGAGAGAUGGGAGAUGGGACGAAACGUGACGAGGCAAGACAUGCACUUGAUCAACGGGCGAGGCCGGCCGCAAUAGGCAUCCUGUACCGCGACAUGGUGUAG